GGGGGCGUAGCCAGGAACAAGAACUGCAAAUCUAUUGAGAAAAACCGAGCCAAUUGGUGCAGUCUAGCUGUACGCGGAUUGUCAUUAUGUUGGAGGGGUUGAAACGGUUACUUGCUAAGAGGUUUAGUUUUAAAAGGGAGCACCAGCUAUGACGGGGUAACAAGACACAGUUUUAGCUAAGUGGCGAGCGUGCGUGUGUAAUAGCUGAAAGAUGUCCAACAUCUUGCAUGCAGCCGCUAAAGUAAAAUGGGACCAGACCACCGCAGUAAAACGAGCAGCAUUUAUUGCAGUGGCCGUCUACGGAGCGAAAUCUCUCUACCCCGUCAUCUACAAGCAGAUUAACAAAAGACAUGAGCCAAGGGAAAAAAGAGAGAACCAACAAGGCUCCGCGGAAGAAGGGAACGGGGUGCUGUCGCACAGUACAGAAAUGGUUCCUAAUAGGUCCCCCGGAGUAAACGCCGAAUUCUUCAAUCAGAUCCUGGAGCUCAUGCGUAUACUCUUUCCGAAGAUGCUGACAAAAGAGCUUGGGCUGCUUUGCUUGCACUCGUUUGCGUUAGUCUCCAGGACGUUUCUGUCGAUCUAUGUGGCCGGCCUGGAUGGCAAAAUUGUGAAGACGAUUGUCGAAAAAAAGCCGAGAAGCUUCGUCAUCAAGUUGAUGAAAUGGCUCCUGAUUGCCAUCCCGGCCACUUUUGUCAACAGCGCAAUCCGUUAUUUGGAGUGCAAGCUGGCUCUGGCCUUUCGCACCCGUCUGGUGAAUCAUGCAUAUAAAACGUACUUCACAAAUCAGACAUACUAUAAGGUCAGCAAUAUGGAUGGAAGGCUGGCGAAUCCUGACCAGUCUCUCACGGAGGACAUCAUGAUGUUCUCACAGUCGGUGGCGCAUCUGUACUCGAACUUGACUAAACCAAUUCUGGACGUGAUGCUCACUUCCUACACACUCAUUCAGACAGCGAGAUCGCGCGGGGCCAACGCUUCCGGACCCACUUUGUUGGCAGGGCUAGUGGUAUAUGCUACAGCAAAAGUUCUGAGAGCCUGUUCCCCUAGGUUUGGCAAAUUGGUGGCUGAGGAGGCGCACAGGAAGGGAUACUUGCGCUACGUGCACUCCCGCAUUAUUGCCAAUGCUGAAGAGAUAGCUUUUUACAGAGGGCACAAGGUGGAGAUGAAACAGCUGCAGAAGUGUUACAAGGCCCUUGCUGAUCAGAUGAAUCUUAUUUUGUCAAAAAGGCUUUGGUACAUUAUGAUAGAACAGUUCCUGAUGAAGUAUGUGUGGAGCAGUUGUGGCUUAGUCAUGGUGGCAGUGCCUAUUAUCACAGCAACAGGUUUUGCUGACAAUGAAUUGGAAGAUGGUCAGACCCAGGUUAUGGUCAGUGAAAGAACAGAAGCUUUUACUACAGCACGUAACCUUUUAGCUUCAGGAGCAGAUGCUAUAGAAAGGAUAAUGUCUUCUUACAAAGAGGUAACUGAACUGGCAGGAUAUACAGCACGAGUACACAAUAUGUUUGUGGUAUUUGAUGAAGUUCAAAAAGGACUUUACAAGCGUUCUGCUGUCACCCAGGUAGCUGCUUCUGAUAACAAAAACAUUACUAGACCUGAAAUGCACAUUGAUGGCCCCCUUGAGAUCAAAGGAAAAGUUAUUGAUGUGGAUAACGGAAUAAUAUGUGAAAAUGUGCCUGUCAUCACUCCAAAUGGAGAUAUGGUAGUAUCCAGUUUGAAUUUUAAGGUGGAAGAAAAAAUGCAUCUCUUAAUAACUGGUCCAAAUGGCUGUGGAAAAAGCUCAUUAUUUCGAAUACUUAGUGGACUUUGGCCUGUCUAUGGUGGAGUGUUAUAUAAACCACCUCCUCAGCAUAUGUUCUAUAUCCCUCAAAGGCCCUAUAUGUCAAUUGGAACACUGCGAGAUCAAGUCAUAUACCCUGACACUGUAGAAGACAUGCACGAAAAAGGUUAUAGUGACCAGGAUCUGGAAAUUAUUUUGGACAUAGUAAAUUUGAACCAUAUUGUUCAGAGAGAGGGAGGGUGGGAUGCUGUUAUGGACUGGAAGGAUGUCCUGUCCGGUGGAGAGAAACAGAGAAUGGGCAUGGCAAGGAUGUUUUAUCACAAGCCAAAGUAUGCUUUGUUAGAUGAGUGCACAAGUGCUGUCAGCAUUGAUGUAGAAGGAAAAAUUUUCCAAGCUGCAAAAGAUGCAGGGAUUUCUCUGCUUUCUAUCACACAUAGACCAUCCCUAUGGAAGUACCAUACACACCUUCUACAGUUUGAUGGUGAAGGGGGUUGGCGUUUUGAGCAGCUGGACACAGCGACUCGCCUUUCUCUCACAGAGGAGAAACAAAGACUAGAAUCCCAGCUUGCGGGGAUUCCCAAAAUGCAGCACAGACUGAAUGAGCUGUGCAAAAUCCUGGGAGAGGACUCUGUGCUAAAGACUUCUGACAAUGAGGAUUAACUCAAGUCCCUUCAUUAGCAAAAGGGACUCAAAAACUCAAAUCUAAAGGAGUGUUAACAUGAUGUCAUUUAGAUCAAAGUGAUUUUAUUCUGCUUGACUUGUAUGUUUUCCAGUCUUUUGUUGUAUACUGUAUGUCUCUCAUUUACAUUGACAAAAGGCUUUUAUUUUGAGUAUAUUUACGAUAUUUACAUUCAUUAUGGAGCUGUUAAGCACUUUACCCUAUUUUAUAAGAAUAUUUGGUUACAGAAAUAUUUUUAGCACCUUAAGCUUGUUCUUUCCAUCAACUGGCAGAAGUACAUAAAACAUCAAAGAAACCAUAAUGUGGUUGAAAGGUGGAAUUUAGUAAGUGUUAUUCUGCCAUUGCACUGAUUUUAAGAAAACAUUGCUCUUUGUUUUUUUUCUGUUAACUUUGUUGUAAACUUUACAUUUGAGACAAUAUUACUUUGGGCAACAUAUCAAGCAACAAGCAACAUAAUAGCGACCCCAUUACCUAGGGCUGCAUCACAUAAUUAGCUUAGUAUUUAUUUUAUUCUUUUUUUAAUGUGAAUGUAGUGUAUAAGCAUGCCUUCGCACUCAUUUAACUGUGAAAUGUUAAAUUUCUUUGUAUAAUAAAUAUACUGUAAGUAGAUGGUCAUAUAGGAAACAUUUUAGGGAGCAAUAUCAGUGAAGAUAUUGAACAUGAGCGUAUCUGCAUUGGAAAAAUAAAGAUUUGUCAUAACAGAGACGUUUAAAAAAGAGCAAUUGUUAAGAUGAAGGCAGAAACAGAGCAGGUGGCUUCAUACUGGCAGUGGUGAAGCUGAUGCUGAUGUAGGUAGUUUAAUACAAUCUCACUAUUCAGAGGUGCAGGAAUAGCAUCUUUUUAAUUGGCUUAUUAAGUUUUUGAUGCCACAUUUUCAACUAGUGUUUUGUUUACAUUACUUUUUUUUAAGGUUUUAGAAUCAUAGUUUCAUGGCUUGGUUCAUAGUGCUUUAUAUGUAACCUCUUCCGGCAUGGUCGAAGUUGACAGUAUGGUGAGGUGGCAGAGACUAACUCUUUAGUCUAUAUCGUUAAGCAAGUGACAAACGUGCAUUCAAAGGACUGAUGAUCUGUGAAAUGUUUUUAAAACCUCACAUUAGUUGUUUUGAAUUUGUUUUGUUUUGUGCAAUACUUGAUUUUUUUUGUCUAAAGUAGUGUAUUGGACCACAGAAGAAGUGUAGGUACUUGCUAACAGUGUUUCAUGUGAAUUUAAAAUUUGGAUAUGCAAUGAAUCAAUGCAUAUGGAUGAUAAUUUAAUACACUGGAAAAUAGGGGCUUCCCAUAUAACUUAAACAGAAAAACUUGAAUGUAUAAAAGGCAACACAAGGAGUAUUUAGCACUGCAGUUAAUUUCUUCCAUACUUUCCAUAGGGGUUUGUGUGCACACAUCUGUUGUGUACAUUUGAUGUACUGAAUGUACAAGUAAUCCUUUACUUGUAAUAGAAACACACAUAGAACCGGGACAUGCACCUUGUUCAGUUUCUGUGUCCUGGUGUUGGGGGAAGAGCAACAUAAUCAAACGGGUAAAUUAUAAUAAAAUUUUAGUUUUUAAAAUGUUAGUUUUUACAGUAUUGCUUAGUUACCCUGAAGCAUGCUGCUUUACUGUAAGUGCCAGCUUACACUUUUUAAAUGUCAUUUGCAUUUCACCUUGAAGAAUUAUGAACAAAGUAACUAAAUAUUAAUCUAGGAUGUAAAAGCACAUAUAUGGGUAGUUUACAUUUGUGAUGCAUGCCUACUUUAUUUCUGUCAUUUUUUUUCAAAAAAAUGUUUUGAAUGUUUUAACAAUUUGACAAAGUUUAUACUAAAAUCACUGAAUAACAUACAUUUUCAACAUGAAGUACAAUAGGAGUAGUCUAGUGGUUUGGGAUGAUUAUGCCCUAUGAUGCAGUGGCCUCUCAUUGUAGGGUCUCUUUGCUUUAUUUGUUGCAAUCCCCAACCCGACGUCACCACCACCACUUCUUUACAUACGACAAACAUGAAAUGGGUGAACAAAGUAUUUUUCAGUUUUAGUUACCUGGAACGUUACUGUAUGUUGGAAUCUGUUGCAGUUACAGUAACAAUGUGCGUACAUAUCUAUUUUUUGAUAACAUAGUGAUGACAAUUUUUCUGAAUUAGUGAAGCAUGAGAAAUUAAUGUGUUAAUGAAUCCUGCCUAAUCCUAUUUUAAAUUUUUAUUAUGUGCACCUACAGUUUUUUUAUUUACUACAGGAAGAACAUCAGUUGAAUGUGACAGGCAAAGUCUGUAGUAAAUAAACACUUUUCACUUUAUCUGUGUGACUAAUAUGCAAAAUGCAUCAAGGAAAGAGACUGGCAUGCUAAGAAAGUUUUAGCUGAGUUUUUCUGUGCCUCCAGGGCCACCUGUCUGUAGAAGGCACCACGUGAAGCAUAAAGAUAUAGGAUUAGACGCACUUCAUCCCAGACAGCACACAUUUAGGUCACCAAGUCUGCGGGAGUCCUCUACGAAAGCCAUUUAUGCACAUCAUUCUGAAAUGAUCUGAAGGAAAUCGUAGAAGUAAGAUUACUUACAAUCUUUAAUUAUUUUUCCUAGAAAUCCUUAAAUAUUGCAAAUCUUAUUUUUUGACAAAAUGCUGCCUAUUUCUGGAUUACUAAUGUGAAUAGGAAAAACAUAUUAGUUUUACUUGGUGGGAAAAAAAGUACUUCCAACUGUUACCAUUUUUUACAAUUGAGUUAGUUAUUUUUUGUAACAAAACUGUUUCAUUUUAAUCCUUUUCUAAAUGUGCUGUGUGUUUUAUUUACAAAAAUUCCAACAAUUUCACCAUGUUGUUUUUAGUCUUUUAAAAAAGUACACUAUGUUUAUUUCUUAGAGACUCAUUGAAAAGACUAAUGAGUAAUAUUGUGAAAACUGUGAGUUGGCCUUUUACUGCUUACAGAACACUAAAUAUUUUUCAUAUAUCAACUUUUUGGCUGUUUUAAACUGAACAACACAGAAAACAAAGUGUUCUGAUUAGUAGGCUGAACAAUAACAGGAACAUAUUCUUUGGGGAACCAUUGCUGAUCUUUAAAAUGUGCUCUCUUGGUGGAGCUUUUUGUUCUCUUUUUGUUUUUUCUUUUUUGUAAAUGUAGUUUGCAAGCAUGUACCUUAUCUGUGACAUUUUUGAAAACUGUUUUUUCUAAUGUUUUACCUCAUGCCAACUUUCUUCAGAAUGAUUGUUACAUUUUUGUUGUAUAUGGCAGAAUUUAGACUGCUAAACUAAUGGAACGUUGUUACUAUUUGCUUCAUUACUGUUUUUUUUUUCUUGUUUUCUUGUAAAGUUCAAGAAGGUUAAGACACAUACCGUACUUAGCAGCUCAGGGUGUUUGUAUGCUUGCUGUAAAGAGCAAUUAAAAGUGUCUGUAUGUUUUAUUAAAGGCGUCUUUGAUAUA